GUAUUCCAUUCCAUGGAGUCCACUUCAUGUGUCCCCAACAGGCUCUAAACUAAGGCUCGCCAAUUCGUACCGACAUGCUCUGGAAAUAUCCCUUAAAUACCAGGCACUAGAAGCUAGCUAGCUAGGCAGCAAACAAAUCCACCACUCGCCAUGGACGCCAAGAACAACCCACCAGCAGCAGCAGCCGUCAAGGAGCAGCCCUCGGCGGCCACACAGCUCCGUUCCCACCUGCUGGCCGCCCAUGACCACGAGCGCCUCGCCGGCGCGCCGCCCCUCGUCGAUGCGCCGCCGCCGGUUAUCAGUAGUCUCAGCCGCUGCGCCGCGCGCCGCUCGCUGCUACUGGUGACCACCUACGCGGCGCUGUUCAGCGGUUCGUUGUUGUCGAGCCUCCUGUCCCGGUUCUACUUCGCGCACGGCGGCGCCGACCGGUGGCUCGCCACGCUGGUCCAGUCCGCCGGGUUCCCGCUGCUGCUCCUCCUCCUCCUGGCCCGGCCGCCGGCGUCGAGGAUGUUCGGCGGCUUCACGCCGCGGCUCGUGAUGUACUGCGUGCUCCUGGGCCUGGUGAUGGGGCUCAACAACCUGCUCUACUCGUGCGGCACGUCCUACCUGCCCGUGUCCACCACCUCGCUGCUCCUCUCCAUGCAGCUGGCCUUCACGCUGGCGCUCGCCGCGGCGCUCGUCCGCGUGCCGCUGUCCUUCGCCAACAUCAACGCCGUCGUGCUCCUCACGCUGUCCUCGCUGCUGCUCGCGCUCCGGCAUGGGGUCGGCAGCGGCCGUCCGGACACCGGCAACGCCGCCGGCGCGGACUACCUGGUCGGGGUCGCGGCCACCCUCGGCGCCGCGCUGCUCUUCGCGCUGUACCUGCCGGCGGCCGAGCUCGUGUACCGGCACGGCGGCGUGAGGGGCUUCAGGAUGGUUGUGGAGGCGCAGGUGAUCAUGGAGGCCGUGGCGACCGCCGUGUCAGGAGCCGGCAUGGCCGCGUCCUCCGGCGGCAGGGGGCCAUGGAGCGGCGUGGAGGCGACGUGGGACCUGUCACCUGCGGCCUACUACGCGGUGGUCGGGGCGGCCGUCCUCAGCUGGCAGCUGUGCUUCUUCGGAACGGCGGGCACUGUGUACCUGACCACGGCGCUGCACGGCGGCAUCUGCAUGACGGCGCUGCUGGCGCUGAACGUCGCCGGCGGCGUGGUGGUGUUCGGGGACGAGUUCGGCGCCGAGAAAGGCGUCGCCAUGGUGCUCUGCCUCUGGGCCUUCUCGUCGUACAUAUAUGGGGAGUACAAGAAAGGUGGGAAGUUGGUGGAAGGGGCAAGUCAGAUCGACUAUGGAGUUCUGGAUCAGGUGUAGCUAGCGUAGCUUUUCCAUUACAAGGAAUGUAAAUCUUCUUUAGCUUUCCCGUCUCUCUGCUGUAUUACGAAUUUUGCACAUAUUCUGAACCCUCGUUAUAAAAAAAAGUUAGAGAAGCCUAGCUGCUAGAGCACAAAUCAACAAUAAUAGUGUGAGCGAGGCCCUACUCCAACCAA